GACUGCCUCAUGAAAAUAAAUGAAUAUUUGGGGAGCACUGCUACACUUCUAAAGGAAGAAGGAAAGCAGAUGUGUAAUUUAUGCGGCAUGCGUGAUGAAUGUACUCCACUGCAGACAAUGUCUGCCAUUCAGGAUAUCAAAGCAACAGACAUUGCUGCAAGAGGGGAACAAACUGUCAUAGAAACAGCCACUGUUCCUCCCACAAGUGGGGAGGAAAGCCAUGACACGCACCAGGACGGAUUAAAGAAAAAUAAUGCACACAUGAGUUUGGAAUCAGCGGAAAAAGAAAACGAUACAUCAGUGAAUGGAGAUGUCACAAGGCAAGAAGAGUCUCAGAACGAAAUGUUCCCAGAUAAUGCAGAAAAUGGAGAUUAUAAACAAAUGGCACACGUGACUGCUGAAGACACGAACGGCAGCAGGGAAGAGACACAUGACAUCACCCAGACAACAGAAAGAGAAAUUCAAGAGAGCUCAGAAAACCAAAGACAAGAGACUACCACAGCCCCAAUAACAUGCGAUACGGCCAAUAAAUGCACAAAUGGUCUUCUUCCCAAUGAUUCAAAGAGUCUAAAGCAAAAAGACAACAUAAUGGAAAAGGAAUGCAAGGUACCAUUUCAGGACAACACCACAAAUGAGUCUGUGAUCGCAGUUAUGGAAAUGAGAAUUCCGUUUCCAAUAUGCAUUGCAAUUCCAUUUACCGCAUGUUACAGGGGAAAUUACAAAGACGUCAUGGUGAAAAUGUCUGACAUAAACCUUCAGUCAAGUUACCUAACCCCAAGUUCCCUGGAUGGAAUGAGAGGAAGUUACAAGGGGACCUGUGCUGAAGUGAAAGUUUACAAGUUGGGUAUCUUCUCUGUUGUAUCCUGUUUAAAGAAAGAGUCCUUCACAGUAACAACGAAAGGCCUCACUCUCAAGCCAAGCAUGGAUUCGCGGAUAUCCCUGCAUUACCCUCCGGGAGUUUUCGGCUCACCCGUGCUUGUGCAAUUAAAGAUCCAACCAGUUGACCCAUCUCUGGUGGCAUAUUUAAAAACACAGCAAGAUACUUCCUACUCCGUACUGUCCACCAGCCCUCUGAUUCACGUGCAGCACCCAUCCACACAUCCUUUCCAGAAGCCAGUCAUUGUAUGCCUACCUUGUUCUUCACACCCUGAUAAAAAAAAUUUGGGGUCUGAGAUAGAUCAUAAUAGAAGAGCCACUACCACAACAAAAACGAUGGUUUCUUUAUACUUCAACCGGACAAAAAGUGCUUCUAUAAGAAAACCCGGGAACAAUGCCUGUGAAUCUUUGAAAUUACUGGGAUUCAGAAGCCGAGACAGUGGCUGGUUUGGGCUGGAUGGUGUUGCAGUGAGAACCACGCAGAGUGGCUUGAUAUCAUUUGAAUUGAGUGAACACUUAGAGAGGUUUAUUGUGGUCCACCUGUCCUCCAUUGUGGACAAUAGCCAUUUGGUUUCUUUUGUGAAAUCUUUAGAGGAAGCCAUGCUCAGCACCAGUGCCUGCAUUGUCCUGUACCACCAGAAAGACAGUCCGCACAGAGUGGUUAUCUCAGUGGUGCCUUCUAAAGACCUAAACCAGGAGCUUAGGAACUUGCGCUUGGAAGGCUGCAGUGGUCCUCCAGAGCCAUCUCGGCAUUUCCAGGUGAAAGAAGGAGAACAACUCCUUUUAAGGUUUACUGGAAACAUAUUUGCUUCAAGCAAUGGGAAGGAUUAUGGAAAAGACUACAAGCUCAUUUUUCAUUUACAAAGAAAACCCAGGCUGGAACUCCAAAUCAAAGAGGUGGAUGAAUUUGGCAACUACAGCUGCUCACAUUAUAAGGGCACUGUUGUAGUUUACAAACUACCGAAACAAAAGACAAUCCACAAUUUGGACCAAUCUCUCGUACUUAAUGAAAACCAUUAUCAGUUGCCAGUGUGUAAAUUACCAUUGAGACUACCAAAGCAUGAAAAAUUAAUCAACCGGCCACAGAGUACCAAAAGAAUUUCUACAGAUCCUCUAGAAGCCCUGUGGGAUAACUUGCUCUACUGGUUGGCCGAGGAGCUCUCAGAAGAGGACGCCUCCAGUCUCUCCUCGUCCCUCCCACUUCGCCGCAGCACCAUUCAGCUCAUCAAACUGAAGAACCCAGAUGACCUCACAGAACAGAUCCACGAACUCCUCUGCUCCUGGAAGAAAUCACUCCCGAAUUCCACCGAUAAGCUUCGCCUUCUGGCUCGCCAUCUCCGCAAGAUCGGCAGGAAUGAUCUUGCGGAAGAUCUCAAGUUCAAGUGGGAAAAUAAAGUGUUCACCGAUCCACAGCAGUGGUUUGAGGUGGCGGAGUAAAGCCAGUUGCUCUUCCUUUGGGUCAGAGCUGGUUGUAAGAUUGUUUUCAGUCAACAUUUUACUAGGGGCUCCCGGUAAUGGUGUCUGAAGUGAAUCUAUUUGACAGAUGUGCUACCGAGACAAGGGGCAAAGCACUAGUCAGACAAUAAAAAGAUCCCUAGGUCUGAGUGCUCAGUCAUAGGUCAGUGAUAUGUGUUGUGCAAGCAUGACCGUCUUGGGUCCAGCCGAACUUAAUGGCAUUUGCAGUAGAGUUUGCUCGGUUCACAUUUUAAUAGGUGAAGUUUCUAAGUGUAAAGGAAAGAUAUGAUAUAAAGAAUCCCUUUUUAUUGUUUUAACAAUAGCAAUAUAGGCAACAAUACACUGUUAUCUAGCUACAUAAAAGGAAAAUAGUUAUCCAGGAUUCCAAGGGCUAAUCUUCAUUACGCGAUACAGUGGAGCCCAUAGGUAACAAUGCCAAAUAAAUUGGGCUGCGGAGAUCUGACAUAGAUGAUAGCAAAUCACUUUCAGAAAACAGACAGGUUCUAAAUAAGUUAAAAAUAGAAUAACACUUCAUUCAUUUACUGCCACAAACCUUUCUUUUACUAAAAUGUAGCCUGGAAUAGGAAAAACCUCAUGUUUUAUUACUAGUGGGAUGAGGGAAGUGCAGAGGAUCUGAAAGAAUUCACCUACUUAGGAAAAAACUCUGCUUAUAAAUCAGUUUGAGAAAAACCUUAUUACAUGAGCCCUAUUUAAAAAGUUAAAAACAACAACAACCCACACACUAAAAGAAAAAAAAUAGUAAUUAUCUAAGCCCCUUCAUCACUAAUAAUCCCUGUUAAUGUCUGAUGCGUAAGCUCUGAAACUUUGAAAAACCUACAGCCCCUUUGCUCCCUGCACAGCAUGAAAUGAAAGGGACAUUACAUUAGUAACCAAUGUCUUUGAAUGUUUUAAUAGCUGCUUAAAAUCUC